AUGAAAGGCAUUGUGCUCCAUUUCAUAGAUAUUUACCUCAAGCCUGUUGCUUUAUGGAAAAAAAUUGAAACCAGAAAUAGCACAAUAAAAUCAUUAGAUCCAUCAGAGCCAGCCAUUCUUGCUCCAGACGCACUGCCUCCGUCGCGUUUACGACGGAGUAGGGGCUUGAUUGUGAGGUUCGGGAGCUUAACGCCAGUAGUGAGGAGGAAUUUGACAUUGGGCCUGGAACAAAGUUGGGCAGAGAGGAGCGACCGAGACUGGAAGGUGAUUGGGGUUUGUUGCAAGGCGGCUGCGGUGGCCAUUGCUAACUCGGUGGACGAAGAAGGGAAGGAUAGAGAUAGGGAGAGAGGGAAUUUAGAUUGA